AUGUUUGCUGAAAGAGUGUUCGUCAUUGGUGCCACUGGAAAUAUUGGCGUGAAAGCUGUCAAUGACCUUAUUGACAACAAGAUCCCCGUUACAUUGUAUGCUCGCAAUUCUGAAAAGGUAGCCUCCUUAUUCUCAAGCGAUCUCGUCAAUACUGUUGUAGGCGAUUACAGCGAUUUAUCGCCCAUCAAGGAAAGUAUCAAGGGCCAUACUCGUCUGCUCUUGUUGGUUGGUGAUUUUGGCGAUUUCGUAAACAUCAAAAAGACAAUUGCUACUUACGCUUAUGAGGCUGGUGUACAGCAAGUAGUCGAUAUCUCCUCCUUCAGUGUCAAUAUGGGUUGGAGAAGCACUGUUAUUGGCUCUCAUCACUACUAUGGCGAGAAGGCUAUCUUUGAUAUCCCCAACCGUGGUCAUUUCGUAGCUCUUCGUCCUGGUCGUUUCAUGUCAAAUCACUUCGGAAUGGCUCGUCCUAUUGCUGAUAAAGGUCUCUACGAUACCUCCGACCCCAAUCUUGCUCAAGGCUGGAUCUCUCCCAAUGACAUUGGUGCUGUUGCUGCUGUCGUCUUGCGUGAAGAUGUGAAGAAGCACAUGGAUGCUGUAUAUAACCUUACCGGUGAUGUUGUCACUUCUGCUGAGCGUGCUGCCAUCUUUAGUCGCGUUACUGGACAAGAUAUCAAGUACAUUCAGGUGUCUCCCGUUCAAAAAUACAACAAGAUCAUGGAACUUGGCCACUUUCCUCACUUGUUUGCCAUUGAUUUCGUUGAUAAUUUGGAUAGCAACGACGAUAGCAAGGUGAAUCCUUCAAUUGAGAUCUUGCUUGGUAGAAAGCCUGAAACCUUGGAAGAAUAUCUUACUGCCAACAAGGAUAAGAUCCAAUAG